UCCCCACAGUCAGAGUGAAAGUUGUCUCCGCUCGGAAAAGCGGUGAGUCGGGGUCUCGCUAGUUCGCAACCGCCGCUGCUUUUCACACGCACGCUUUCUCCCGGACGAGAUGAGGCGGAAAGAGAAGAGGCUGCUGCAGUUCGCUGGGCUGCUCAUAGCGGCUCUUCUUUUCCUCCCCAACGUCGGACUGUGGUCUUUGUACCGGGACCGAGUGUUCGACAACUCGCCCAACCCGGUGGACGGUCCGGGCGGCAUCCUCCAGAUACAGGGCUUGAACCAGAUGCGCAAGGUCGCUCAGGUGGGACUCGAUGGGGUGCGGCGGACAGACUGGCACGACUACGAGGCCAUCAGGAAAGAUGCCGCUCGCGUCGGUAACGGCGAACAAGGGAAGCCGUUCCCUCUGACGGAAACCGACCAGGUGGACCAGGCCUACAGAGAGAACGGCUUCAACAUUUACAUCAGCGACCGGAUCUCACUCAACCGCUCGCUCCCUGACAUCCGCCACGAGAACUGUAAACAGAAGCUGUAUGCGGAGAAGCUGCCCAACACCAGCAUCAUCAUCCCGUUCCAUAAUGAGGGCUGGUCGUCGCUGCUGAGGACCGUUCACAGCGUCCUCAACCGCUCUCCUCCUCAGCUCAUCGCCGAGGUCAUCCUGGUCGACGACUUCAGCGACAAAGAGCACUUGAAGGUGGCGCUGGAGGACUACAUGACGCGGAUGCCGAAGGUCCGCAUCCUGAGGACCAAGAAGAGGGAGGGUCUGAUCAGGACCCGUCUUCUGGGCGCCGCCGCCGCCAAGGGAGAAGUGAUCACCUUUCUGGACUCUCACUGUGAGGCCAACGUCAACUGGCUGCCUCCCCUGCUGGACCGAAUAGCCCAGAACAGGAAGACCAUCGUGUGUCCGAUGAUCGACGUCAUCGACCACGACAACUUCGGCUACGACACGCAGGCGGGCGACGCCAUGCGAGGGGCGUUCGACUGGGAGAUGUACUACAAGCGGAUCCCCAUACCUCCGGAGAUGGAGAGGGAAGACCCCAGCGAGCCCUUUGAGUCUCCGGUGAUGGCAGGUGGACUGUUUGCUGUGGACAGGAAGUGGUUCUGGGAGCUGGGAGGAUACGACACGGGUCUAGAGAUCUGGGGAGGAGAACAGUACGAGAUCUCCUUCAAGGUGUGGAUGUGUGGUGGUCGCAUGGAGGACAUCCCCUGCUCCAGGGUAGGACACAUCUAUCGGAAGUACGUCCCCUACAAAGUCCCCGGAGGGAUCAGCUUGGCAAAGAAUCUAAAACGCGUGGCAGAGGUUUGGAUGGACGAAUACGCCGAAUACGUCUACCAGCGCCGGCCCGAGUACCGCCACCUGUCAGCGGGAGACAUGACGCCACAGAAGGAGCUGAGGAACCGACUCAACUGCAAGAAUUUCAAGUGGUUCAUGAGCGAGGUGGCCUGGGAUCUGCCCAAACACUACCCGCCGGUGGAGCCUCCUGCUGCUGCAUGGGGAGAGAUACGGAGCGUGGGCAGCGGCAUGUGUAUGGAGAUCAAACACUUUGUGUCCGGGAGCCCCAUCCGGCUGGAGAGCUGCGUGAAAGGGAGGGGUGAAGUGGGCUGGAGUCACGGACAGGUGUUAACGUUCGGUUGGAGGGAGGAUAUUCGGGUGGGUGACCCCAUGCAUACGAGGAAGGUGUGCUUCGAUGCGGUGUCCCACAGCAGCCCUGUCACCCUGUACGACUGUCACGGCAUGAAGGGGAACCAGCUGUGGCGCUACAGAAAGGAUAAGAGUCUGUAUCACCCCGUCAGCAACAGCUGCAUCGACAGCAGUCCCAGCGAGCGGCGAGUCUUCAUGAACAUGUGUGACCCCUCCUCCCUCAGCCAGCAGUGGCUGUUCGAGAGGACCAACGCCACCGUGCUGGAGCACUUCAACCGGGGCACCAACUGAGGUCACUGAACAGUGAGAUGAGACGUCUUCCAAAGAAAAAGAUCACGAAACAGUGAUCACCUUUGUUGCAUUAAGAAUGGAAGCUCCAUGUGAAAACACACAGCUUCACAAACAUUCCCCGUGGUUCGGUAGUCAUCCGGCGCGCUGCCUGAGAGCUGAGGAGCUGGUGGGACUGCACGCAACAACGUCCAGAAUCCAAUCAUACAGCACAAGCCUGUGAGGUAACAGGAGGGUGGGAGAACCGAAGUGAGACCAGAUUCUGGAAACCCAGGGAAUGUGGUUUUAAAUGAAGGAAUGGAAUGGAAUGGAACUGAAGGAUUGACAAGAGCCAAACUCUUUCAGAGAUACUGUACUGUAUUAUUUUUUUUACACUCCUGGAUCUUUCAGCUUCGUGUCUUAUGAACAAAUGGAGGAAGAAAUGAGGAAGGGGGAAAAUGCUGGACAAUUAUUCCCGCAGAGCGUGCAAAUGCAAUGCAAGAAUGCAUUGUUUUUAAAGGAACUAUAUCUUGUGCGGACACAUCUUACAAGUGGAUUUUCUGCACUACAUAAUAAAGCAGUAAAAUGAGA